CCAAGAUUCAACAAGGUUUUCAACCGUGCAAUGUCUGAUAUCACCACCAUGUCCAUGAAGAAGAUUCUCGAAGACUACAAGGGAUUUGAAGGACUCAAUUCCAUUGUUGAUGUUGGUGGUGGAACUGGGGCUACUAUGAACAUGAUUGUCUCUAAGUAUCCUUCCAUUAAGGGCAUUAACUUUGAUUUGCCACAUGUUAUUAAAGAUGCUCCAGCUUAUCCAGGUGUCGAGCAGGUUGGUGGUGACAUAUUUGAGGUACCGAAAGCAGAUGCCAUUUUCAUGAAGGUAAUAUCGAGCUACCCACCGUCUCACCAACAAACAUUGUAACGUCUUGUCCCUUUCGCUCCAUGGGGUUUCAUUCCGGUACGUGGAGUAGGAGAGACGGGAUAUCACUAGGAGACAAGUAGAGGUGUCGUAUGGCUAUUCGACCUAGAUUUAAUUUAUAAACACUGACAAUUUAAAGAUGUUUUAUAAUAUCUCUAUAUUUUAACCUAUUAUAUAUAACACGUAAGCUACCUAUACAGAUUACUAAUUGGCACAAUACAUAAACAUACUCUUUAACUUGGCCUCAGAUCACAGACCUCCAACUUUGGAUUUGCAUAAGUAGACACUUAAACUUGUAUAAAAUAGAACAAGUGGACACAUAUGCCCUAUGUGACAUUCUACAUGGCCAAUUUUUGUCCUAUAUGUAUUAUGGCACAUAGACGUGUGUGUCUACUUGUUCAACUUUAUAUAAGUUUAAGUGCCUACUUGUAUACAUCAGAAGUUGGAGGUAGUUAUGUAUUAUGCCUUACUCAUUUCAUCUAUCAUGAAUUUUGUCAUCUGUAACCAUUUUUGAUAGAGACUGAUAUCACAGACUAUAAGAUGCAUCUGUAACUAUUUUGUGAUGAAUUUUGUCAUCUGUAACUAUUUUGUGAUGAAUUUUGUCAUCU